AACGGAAUUCGUUCACCAUUAUUUUUUAUAAUAAGUUCACAUUGGCAUUUUAUUAAUCCUACUAAUCCAAUUAGGAUUAAUUCUGGAAUAUCGUCUUAUUCUUUGAUCAUAUAUCAACACAAAUCAUCG